AAACAAUAGUCGACAGAGUGCAAAGGUCUGCGCUCUGCCUUCCUGUCUCUACCUGUUGGAGUUGAACCGUGCCACUGCACGCCGUUGUAGCAGGUGAUCGCCCAUAUUUGGUGAUGGCCCAGAUCAUGUGACCAGAAAAUGGUGGAAGCUGUGAGGUGCUUGUAAACUGAGCAUCUCCAUCGAGAGGCUGGGGGAGCAGGAAAUAGGCAGGGAACUGGGAGCCACGUCCAUGCUCUGAGACGCAGGAGGACACACGAUCCCGAGCCGUGGCAGUGGUCCUCUGGGGAUGGACCUGGCAUCAGAGAAUAAAAUGAACUCUGAAGCAGGCGAAGGCCGCCCAGUGCCUCCUACCUCUCUUCCUCUAAAAGGAGGACCGGCACAGAGGAAGAAGCUCUCCGCCCCUCGCAUCAGCCUUUCACUGGACCAGAGCGAGGACGACUUGGGGGAAACGCCAGACGAUCUCGACAUCAACGUCGAUGAUCUCGACACGCCAGAUGAGGGAGACUACCUCGACUACACGGACCAUGAAACGGACUGGGAAGACCCGAAUGCUGCCAGCAGGACUGGGACCAGUGAGCCUUAUGAAUCCAUCCCGACGUACAGCGCAGAGGAGGAGCGCCACGACGGGAAGCUGUGGAGGACGGUGGUCAUCGGCGAGCAGGAGCACCGCAUCAACAUGAAGAUCAUUGAGCCCUACAUGAGAGUCAUCUCCCACGGAGGCUACUAUGCCAACGGAGUGAACGCCAUCAUCGUGUUUGCUGCCUGUUUCCUGCCAGACAGCGACAGAGAGGAGUACCAUGAAAUAAUGGAGAACCUCUUCCUCUACGUGAUCAGCACCCUGGAGCUGAUGGUGGCGGAGGACUACAUGAUCGUGUACCUGAAUGGCGCCACACCCCACAGAAGAAUGCCCGGCCUUGGUUGGUUGAAGAAGUGCUAUCAGAUGAUUGAUAGAAGGCUCAGGAAGAAUUUGAAAUCCUUCAUUAUUCUCCAUCCAUCUUGGUUUAUCAGGACCAUUCUAGCAGUUACCAAGCCCUUCAUCAGUGCCAAGUUCAGCAGUAAGAUAAAGUACGUGAACAGUUUGGAAAAGCUUCAGGAACUCAUCCCCAUGGAUUGCAUCCAGAUCCCAGAGUGCAUCAUUAGACUCGACAAGGAACUGAAGGCAGCAUCGGAGAACUCAAAAGUGAAUAUUUUCCUGCAGGGAUCGGAGCCAUCAGCAGCAGGAGCAGCAGCAGCAGCAGCAGCAGGCAGAACCAACCGAGCAAACGCAGCCGGUGCCAGCAGCUCUUAAACCCAAACAUCCUCAACGGACGGGUCACCUUGGUGUUCAGAAAACACGGCCGUACCGCUGAAGCUGGAGAAGCAGAGGGUUGUUAAGCUAGUGUGUGUGUGUGUGUGUGUGUGUGUGUGUGUCUGUGCUUGUCAAUUGCACAUCGGGGUGGAAUAUGAAAUCACACCUCACAAUAGUUAACACGCAGAUGUCAUUCUUUCAGGCUGCAGCAGCGUCUUUUGUCCCUUACAUCUACUGUUCAGAGAACUAUAGAGUCAAGUGUGACGCUUGGCGGCGCCUACAGAGUAGCAUCAGUGUUCAUGGUAGGUUAGUGAAUGCAAUUUACACCAGACAGUGCACCGUGCAAAUCCAUUUCUAGAGACUAAUGUGUCAUAGUUGUGUGCAUGAGAAGCAGCGAAGCAAUAAUUGUCACCCUUUACUGGUUCCACAGUAUCACCACUUCAGAUUCAACUUGUGCGUCAGCAAUCUACAAUAGAAGCACAAGGGGAGACCAUAAAGACCGCGUGCCAUAAAUGACCAAGUUAUUGCUUUUCAGCAAAUCAAAACCUCUGUCUUAACACCAAUGCUCCAAAACUGAAGAAUAUAAUGAAAAAUAGAUAUUUUAACUGAAGAGUUUAACUGAAACCAAGUAGGAGGAAAUUAAAUAUACAAUGAAGUUAAUACGUGCAAUGUGAGAAUGUGUCUUUUAAGCCAUGUUCUCUUGCCAGUGUGUGUGUUUUUUAUUGGAUCAAAUUAGGGUCACAGCAUUUUUUGUAGAGUGUGUUUGAUUCACACUUGUGCAGGGAUAUUUUUUAACUGUUUUCACAAAGUCUGAGGGACGGACGCACAAGUUACCAAUCUAUGCAUGUGACCCUGAAGUUACAGCAAAAAAAUCUGGACCCUAUUUUACUCUCAAACUGAUGGGCCAAUCAGCACGACUCCCACUGACUAACCAAUCAGAACGUUGCUCAUUGACCAUCUGUGCGACCAUGUUGAAUUCAGCAGCCCACCUGUGUCUCAGAGGAGUCCACCUCAUGUCCGAAUCAGAGACAAAAGGAGAAUGGUGUACGCCUACUUUGUUAUUUCCCAAGCAAAAAGUAUCAGUGACCCUCAUUUGAUCCAUGUGUUUUCAAUCGGUUUCUGUCAGGUAUAUAACUGGGAAUAAUCUUCUCCCGGAUCUGAUGAAAAUAAAAAGAUGGGGUCUCUGUAAAGCACAAUAUCAUCUAUAUACGUGUGUGUGUGCAUUUGUACAUAAGUGCAUGUCCCCACAUGGAUAACUGAUGGUCCUCUUAUCAAUGAGUCCUAUUAUGGUGUAGUAAUGAGGAUGUGCAGAAAAAUUAUGGAUCACUGUCUAGUCAUUCAAUAAAAUGGACUUAAGUCUGAA